AUGGAUUUCGCAGCCCAGUAUGCCUUUGCCGGCCCUCAUCAGGCGUUCCCGGCGUCUUUUAUGCCUUUGACGCCUUCGCACUCCCAAUCAAAUGGCUCGGACGAUUUCAGCAACACCUCCCCGCCUGACAACUUUGCAGACCACUUCAAUACUUUUGACUACACGGGGUCCUUUGGCGGCCAUCACCAGCACCACCAAUCGACCUUCCAUCAAAGCCCGCCGUCGCCUCCCGUCUUCGGCCAGCAUCCGAGAGCUGCCGUGCAACAACAGCAGCAGCAGCAGCCAAAUCAAGAGCAACAGCAGCACGUCUCGGACCACCUGGCGCAGUCCCCGUCAACAAAUGGCAGCAUCAAUGGCGGAUCGGGACCCAAGAUCGAGGCCAACCUCGACGACGUAGGCCGCGGCGGCAGCGAGGAUGAGGAUAUGCUGACCCCAGCGCAAUCGAGGAGAAAAGCUCAGAACCGUGCCGCCCAAAGAGCAUUCCGCGAACGAAAAGAAAGACAUGUCAAGGAUCUCGAGUCCAAGCUGGCCAACCUUGAGGCUGCUCAGAAAGAAGCCGCUACCGAAAAUGAGCGACUCCGACGAGACCUGCAGAGGAUGUCGACCGAGAAUGAGAUUCUCCGCGCUACGUCGGCCAUGAACCAGAAUAACGGCUCUCACUCCCCGGAGCCUCUGACAACAGGGCCGAUGACAUACACGCCUACCGACUUUUACACAAAUGUGCUCCAGGGUCACAACAACAAGUUCCCCUCACACCGGAUUGUUACCUCCGACGACGGCCACCGGCUGCUCGCCGCAGGAGCCGCCUGGGAUUUCAUCCUGGCCCACCCUCUGUACAAGCGAGGCCUGGUUGACGUCAGCCAAGUAGCCGAGCGCAUGAAGCGUCUGGCCAAAUGCGACGGACAAGGGCCGGUUUUCUCUGAGGGAGACAUUAUCCACGCUAUUGAACAGAGCGUUGCCAGUGGCUCCGACGAUCUCCUGUAG